UAAAUACAAAACGAGCGCAUUACUGCCGCCUGCUGUUACAUCUGGGAAAUGUUAGGGAUAUUGUUACAAAACGAGAGAUGUUAUCAGAUCAAAUGUGGGAUUCGAACAACAGUGUGUUAUUUAAGAAGAAACAAAAUGGACCGCUUUGCCAGAGAACAAUCUAAGCUGUCCCACUGUUUUUUGUUGUUGUAUUUUAUUCACUAGUUCUCAUUCCACACCAACAGGUGACAGUGAUGUCCCUUUUUAUUGGUUAGUUAGACAGCGAUACGAAACAAAUGAGGAAGUAUUGGUGCUUUCAACAAAACUGGGAACUCAGAAAAAAACGAUGUCAAAUCAUGAAGUCAGUGAUCUUCAGGUCGGGGCUUGAUUUUUUUUCUCGAGAUCGCGGUUGUCUUGAACCAGAGAUAUUAAAGAAAGGAGGAGAUAGGAAUUCCAUUGUUCAAUGAAUAGACUGUCAACCAAUCGCGGUCAAGUUGUCAUACUGUGUCACACGGUUGCUGGGAUAAUCGUCAGGGUAUUAGUCGAGAAACGUACCUAUUUUCCUCAAAAGUACGUAAUAUCAUGAUUCCAAAGCUAUAUGAUUUUACAGAGAACAAGUUAAUUAUCUCACAUCUUGGAAAAUAGUUGCAUGUUGUACUUUUUGACGAAAUUCCUGCUAAUGUUGGGUUUUUGAGCUAGCGCCCAAUUAACUCCCAUUCACUAUUUGAAGGAGGACUCGCCUUGUCCCAGAAUCACCCAGAAUGCACCACAUUGACGACGCAUGGUCAAACGAACUCAUUUGGCAUUCAUACGGUUUUCCAUCUCCUCAAAAGUGUCUCUGCUUGAACGCCCCGAAGUCGGAGAUUUCCGAGCAGAGGAGAAUCAUCAUGAAGACUCUGCUGGUGUUUGACUUCGACCACACCUUGGUGGAUGACAACAGCGACACCUGGGUCAUUCAGUGUAUCCCGGACCAAUGCCUGCCAGACCUGGUCAAGAACUCCUACCAGAAGGGACGCUGGACAGAGUACAUGGGCAGAGUCAUGUCCUAUAUAGGAGAUCAGGACAUCAGCCCCGAUACAAUCCGAAGUGUGAUGGAGACAAUACCGUUUACAGAUGGAAUGAUUGAACUGUUGACGUUCAUUGUGAGUAACAAGAACGACAUUGACUGCAUCAUUAUCUCAGAUUCAAACACAGUGUUCAUCGACUGGAUACUGCAAGUGGCUGGGGUUCAAGCCGCGGUCGACCAAGUCUUCACCAACCCGGCUACGUUUGACAAGCGUGGAUACAUGGAGAUAGAAUGCUACCAUUCUCACCAGUGUAGCCAGUGCCCUGUCAAUCUGUGUAAGAGGAAAGUGCUGGUUGAUUUCCUAGCAGGGCAGUUGAAGGGAGGGGUAGACUAUCAGAGAACUUUCUAUGUAGGGGACGGAGGGAACGACCUUUGCCCUUCCAACAGUCUAAGGGAAGGAGAUGUGGUGUUUCCUAGAAAGGGUUACACCUUGGAGAGGCUGCUCUCUAGGCAGAGUGCACAACAAGGAGAGGGUUCAUCGAACCCAAGAGUCAUAGGAUGGACAAGCGGAAGAGAGAUCCUGAUGGAACUGAAAGCAUGUGUUCCCCUGUAAGGAUAGUGUACAGCUCUUACUCAUACUAAAAUAAGUGUACUUGCAAUGAUAAAAACUGUACCAAAUGCUUGGGAGGGAAGGAUUGUGAUUGUGUCUUUGUCCUGGUUUGAAACGUUUUUGAAGAUCAUAUUUUAAAUCUGUGGGACUGUAUCACAUCACUCUCUCAGGUUCAGAUGCAAAUGAAUGUACAUCUUUGUGCUUGUUUUUGUCUUUAGCAAAUGUAGGGAGAUACAGAACCCACUAGACAGAAAAGGAAAAAACCAAUCACACCUGUAAAUUACAUGUUAUAACUGUUUAGAAUUAAAUAUAUAUUCUAGGAUGUACAGUCAAUAAAAUACAUUGGCAUCACUUUUUACUAGGGCACUAUCUAUGUGAAAAAUGUAUUACCAGUCCAGUGUAUUAACAGUCCAGUGUAUUACCAGUGCAAUUAUUUGUUGUCUCUAUUAGGCUCUAUUCUGAGUGUUAUUAUAUAAAUUGACGGUUUCUGCUUCAGCAGUGCGGUUUCGUGGACCGUGACCCCGUCUCCCUGCCUCCCAAGAUACCUCUCUGUCUGUCCCUUGUUUUGUCAAUACGCUGAUAGUAGGACGAGGCGCGGUGAAUGUGAUUGGUCGAAUGCUGCUAUUUGCUGCUGGUAAGAUUUUGUGCGGCGGAGAUGCUCUGUCACAUCAGCUGAGCGCCUGCUGCGUCAACCUAAAUAGAUAACGAAACCAAAUAGCGGAAUGUCCGUUUUUUUCUAAAGGACUGUCCGGGUUUAUUUGAUUGGUUGCUUUACAAGGGAAUUGCGUAUAAAUAAGGAUCUACAACAGAUGGCGUGUGAUGCCUUUUGACUCGCUCCAAACACAGAGAAUGCUUUAACAAUAGGAUAGUAAACCAUGUCGAGCAGGUAAAUAUGUGGCUAUUGUUCAGUGAGCUGUGUUAAGGAUCUUCACUCGGGACUAUUUAGAUUGAAUGGUAUUCUGUCAAGUGUAUGUAGGCCUAUGUGAAUGCGUUACAUUGUGUUUUAAAUAAGACUAAUAGAUGACAUAAUCAAAUACUCCCUGGAUCCAUUGUAAAUCCAUGUAUGUUUACUAUCUGUGCUCAGUUAAUCGUUUUUUGCAAGGUGUUGCUGCUUACAGUAUUGCAAAAUGUUCAUUAUGCAAUGUUUUAUGUUUUAGCAAUAAACCCAAUUUGAUUCUA